AUGUCCGAAAAAGUCGAUCGUGUGAUAUACUUGUAUCGCAAGAUAGUGGUCAAGAUCUUAGACCUUUCGUUGUUUGGUGAGAUCAACUUCUCGUAUGUGUUUUCGCUCCUACCGAAACACAUUGACGACGCCCAUUUGAUGCACGUCAUCGCAAUUUUUAGUACCAGCUCGAACUUCAUGGAAAUCCUUCCGGACCACUUCUCGUUCUUCUUAAAGGCCCUCGAAAGGCUUUUAAUAGUGAUGCAACAGAACACUAAAGCCGUUGUUGGGGUCUUCCAAGUCGCUUUAAUUCUCUUCUCGUUAUCGGACACGGGAGUCGUCGGGUCACUGAAGGAAAUCACGUUAGACUCGAUUCUGCGGUGUUAUCAGAUAUACACAAAAGUGCUGUCUUUGCGCCCAGAACACGAGAUCAACAGAGUCGUCAAUGCUAUAGACUCCAUCUUCGACUUGUACCAAAAGAAGGUGGAGAUCAUCACUAAAGACACGCAGAACUUCCUCAACGCGAUAUUCUCAAAUGGAACGUUUUCAUUCAACCUUCGAGAGAACGCGCUCAGCGUCUCUGUGAAUAUCGCGAUAUCGUCGCCGAACUCGGACUAUGCGAGAGCGCUCGUCCCGUUCUUUUUCAGAGCAUUUUCAACACCGGGGAGUCGAGGAAGUGACUCCUUAGAAAUGAGACUUGCAAAGACGCAGUUUUCGAGUGUUGCGGAUGCUGUUGGGAUCAUGUCACUGUUCCAGGAACUGAACAAAAAGGCGAAGACGAAGACGAAAAAAAGUAGUCGAGACAAGUUGGCGUUUGUGGCAAUUCAUGCGGACAUCCUCGAGAAUUUUCCGGACAAUGAAGUGGUUGUCCGCGAGAUCAAAAAGGAGACGAACCUCUUUAUAAGCUUUGGGAGAGACCAAAAUAGUUAUGUCCGAGUUGCUGUGUUGGACUUGUUGAAGACGGCAUUUUUGAAUGAGAUUUACGAAGAAGACGAAGUUGCUCCGUUCAUCGAAUUAAUCGAGUUUUUACUCAAUGACAAACAUGAGGAGGUACUGAGCAAGACGUGUGACGUCAUAACGAGUAUCUGUGAGAGUGUUAUAUGUGAGUAUGUUGAUCUCAAUGUGUUUUUGGAGUCAUUAAUUCGACUUUCUCAGUGUGGGGUCUUCUCUGUUGAGAUGUCUGCAGUGAAGGCCAUCAAGAGUGAAGUCACUUCGACCUUUAAAAAAAGCACAUUGAUGUAUUCCAUCUAUCCAGAAAUCGUCUCGAUAGUCUCCCGAGACAAAAGUGUCGAGAACACACUUUUGAAGAAUAAGGCGGUGAGCAUCUUGUUGAGCUUUUUCGAUACAAACGACGAGAUGGAGAGUAAAGAUGUUGGUGGGAUGAUCAAACAACACUUUGGUGAUCUAGUUAUGAGUAUAUAUAAAGAAAACUACUUACCGAAGUAUAGCAUUUUGUGGUUACAAACGAUGAGUGUAGUGAUGCGAGUCCUUUCGAAUUUAAAUGUCUCGUUAAGUCUUGAGUAUUGUUGUUUGAGUGGGAUAGAAAAGGAGUUCUGUAAGGACAUGUUGGAUGUCCUUAUGUUCAAAAGCGACACGGAUCAGUCCCGAUGUUACGAGAUAGAGAUGCAAAUACUGAACGAGACGCUCUACACAAAAUACAGUGAGAAGUAUUAUAAUGAGUUUCUAUUCAAAGCAAAGAGUGAGGCGUUAUAUUUCAUCUCGUGGGUGUGUGAGAGUACAACCAAUGAAGUGGGCGCUGUUUUAAAUAGGACGGGAAAGAGAUUUGAGACGAACAAAAAUUGUAUUAACGUGUUGUGUCAGCCAUCCGUGGUUGAGACUUUGUCGCAGUUGAUUGAUACGUGUUAUGAUAAAAGUGUGAGGUAUCGAGCUAUCCGAGCGAUUGGAUGUAUCACAACGCACUCUUACACAAAUAAGGAGUUGCCUGUCAAGAUCGAUGUGUUCUUGGAGAAAGUUAAAAUUCUUGGAGAGAGAAAUUUGGUUGAUUCGGACGCACGACGAGAGAUAUUGGGGUGCAUCAAACAGUUUCUGAAAUACACUAAAGUGUUUACUAAAGAGAGUUAUUACAAACGAUUUAUCAUGACGUUAAACAUGUGUGCCGACGCUGCUCUGAAUUCGUAUCUCUCGAAUAAUAAGAGCACUGAACAUGAAGGAGGGUAUAAGUACACGUGGAUGGACGCUGAUGAGAGUUUUCUUAUAUCGGAGUAUUUCACGACUGUUGAGAGUCUAGUCUCGACCGAUAAAAGUGUGUUGCCAUUACUAGAAAAUAGCUUUGGUAUGAAGGAGAGUAAGAUACGCAAUGACAAGACAAAUAAAAGCGAGUCGCUGAUUGGCCUGCAAUUGUUCUUCUUUGUGUUGUACACUAUUCUUGGUGUGAAUCAGAUGAAUGACAGUUACGCGCAAUUGGCUCUUCCAAAGUUCUUACAAUUUGAAGAUAAAAACACUGACCGAGUCAUCGCGAUGUUGGAGCAUUUGCUCGAGUUGCUGAAGAUGAGUUGUUUGAAAGGCUUUUCGAAAGAGAUAGAGAAGAAAUUGCGAGGGUACAUCACUACUAAAGACGACAAAGUGUGUGAAGUGGCUAAUGCGUGUUUGGGAAGGUUGAUGGUUGUCGACCCGACGAAAUUUACAAAGACGGAUGUCAUGGAUUUUGCGAGAAAGUUGCCGUCAAAACACUAUCCUAAUCAGACGAUUGAAUCGUUCUUUAAACUCUACAACCUAGGAAAAUUGAAAGACGAGUUCGAAGUCAUGAAGAUCGGCCUUUGGAUCUGUGAGGGGAACAACUGGUCCGGUGAAUGGGAAAUGACAGAGUCAAAUGAGAAACUGGUUAAGCAACCACUCAGGAAGUGGAACGACUACUUGGAUGACAUGUCAGAAAGAGGGUGUCGGGGUGCUCUCAAACCUGGGGAAGGCAAGUUCAUCGAUGACUUAGUCAGUGUUGGCCUCUUUGCAUGA